AUGCACUUCAUAGGUUUAGGUGUUCUGACAUUUGUUUAUUCUGGAUUGAUUUCACCAUUGAUUGCCCAUUGGAGUAGUGAAAAGGGCUUUUUCAGCCAUAAGAAAUGGAGUGGCCAAUUGGUUUCCCUAAAAGACCACGGCAACAUACUUGAGAUUCAUUUAACGUCUGCUCUAGUAAGCGCUUUGGGAAUUAUAUUUCUAAGCAGACGAAUUCUGGUCGUGAGAUCCAUAGAUCCCCUAUCUAUUGGACUAGAUUCAAUCAACAAAAUAUUAGUUGGAUAUUCUUUUUUAAUGGCGGGCAUAAUUAUUUUUGAAUUGCCCACUAUUUAUUAUGAUCAAAGGCAUGCAGGAGGAGGCGUUGGAGGUCUAAUAUUAUUCAACAAUCUGAUAGCACUGGGCACUUCCUUCUUGCUAAUUUCUAUAUUACACAUUUUGGUAUUCAAAGGUUACAUUUUUUGCUACCUAAACUUCACCAGGUCUUUCCAAGCAGGUGUGGCCAGUAUGGUGGCCAUAUGCGGUGGAGUGGACAUAAUGACCCCAUUAUCCUGCUUUUUUAUAUCCAUUAUGAGCACAGGGUUAUAUUUUUCGGUUGCACUGGGUUUACACGAGAGUGCCUAUGAGGACCCGUGUAAUGUGGUCGCAGUUCAUUUUGUUUGCGGUUUACUGGGUCACAUAUGCACUGCUUUAUUUGCAUCUGGGGAAAAUUUUGGCAUAAUGAAUCCAAAUGGAAGUGCCCACCUCUUCUGGCAAUUAUAUACAUUUUUAGUUACGUUUGUGUUUGCCUUAAUCAUUUUUCUUAUAUUAUUUUCCAUUAUUUCUGCGUUGGGGAUAUUACGUACCGAGCUGGAAUCUCGAAAUCACCAAAUGGCAAUGGGAAUCAAACAGAAAAAAAGAAGGCGAUGUUUUAAAAGAUUGUUUAAUGUUUCAAAAAAACGGGUUUUGUAUGGACCAACUUCUGUAUUAUUGGCAUUUCAAAUCGGACAAGUACCGUAUAAGCUCACCUAUAAUGCAAAAAGGAUGCAGCACAGAGAUCAUUAUGAUACAGAUAUCGUUUAA